AUGCUUAUCCGAACCCAGAUCCAAACAUGUUCUGAGGUUAUUACAAUAGUGAUCCUUAAGUAGAGAACAUCUAAUGCUGCUAAAUUGUUGAAGAAGUUGCAGUUUUUUGUGAACCAAAUCCAAAUCCAAUGCUAGUUCCUUUAGUUUAGUGAGUUGCUCCAGUGCUAGUACUUCCUCCUCCACUUACUGAGGAGAAUGUUAGGCCAGGUGCUUAUUAUCCUAAAGAUGUUCCUGCUCCAAAUACCUUAUUUGGCUAAGAGCUUGGCACUGAAUCCAUUAAAGGCUGGAGGUGCUGGCUUUUUAUCUUGCUAAUCCUUCUCCUUUGACUAUGCUAAAAUUUUAUCUUAAUCCUUUUAACCUGAAAUAAUUGUGUUGAAUUCUGGUUUCUUUUAUUCUUCCUUUGGAUUGACUUAAUCAGAAAAUUAACCAAUCUUUUUAUCCUCAGGUUUUAAUUCCUCCUUUUUAGACUCUGGCUUUUGCUACAAAUCUAAGGGGCCUUUCAUUAAAAUCUUGCUUCCAAAUAAAAUAUUUUAAACGUCAUUUUAGAUUUCAUCUUAUUUUUAAUUGUUCAGAUUUAAUGUUCCUAACCCUCCUAAGCCAAAGCUCUCCUUCUUUUCCACGUUUAUUACAGUUGGCUGA